AACAGAGGAGAAAUGAGCAUUCGCCACGAAAGGAAGCCUUUGCCACGCAGCGGUGAGCGAAGUUUCCGGCGAAAAUUGCUGAAAAGGGUCUGAUGUGCUUGUAGGUUCAGGUCAUCUGACCCCCCAGAUCCCUCCUUUCCUUUUAAAAGGGUUCUGGGGAUCUGCUUCUGGGCUUUUUCUCUUUCGAUCUCGUACAGAAACCCUUCAAAUUUCUUCCUUUUUCUUCAUUUCUUUCUUGCGCUGAGGAAGAAAUAAAAAAAUUGUAGAUACCUGAACCAGAAGGAGAAGAAGUAGGGGGAGAUGAGUUCGGAGUUGACAUUUAGAGGGCACGAGAGCCAGCCUUCGGCGUAUGUGUACUCGCCGAAGCCUCCGAAGCCAUGGCAGUCGGUGACUCGCCCAAUCAGAUACAUGCUUGGAGAGCAGCGCCUGGUGUUCGUCCUUGUGGGUAUCGCAAUCGCAACCCUCGUCUUCAUGAUGCUUCCGUCGUCUUCCAACCUAUCGCGAUUCGGCCACAAGUACGAGCCGAUCCGUGAUGUGUAUUUCCCGACGGGAUCGGGAUCGGGAUCGAACGGGUUGGUUGGGCAUAGGACAGUGUACGAGCAGAGAGGGGGUUAUGGGAUGGUGAAUUCGGGAGGAAAGGUACCGCUAGGGCUGAAGCGGAAGGGACUGAGGAUCGUUGUUACGGGUGGAGCAGGGUUCGUGGGGAGCCACCUGGUGGACCGGCUGAUCAAUCGAGGAGAUAGCGUGAUCGUAGUGGACAAUUUCUUCACUGGGAGGAAGGAAAACCUAAUGCAUCACUUUGGGAACCCAAGAUUCGAGCUGAUACGCCAUGAUGUGGUGGAGCCGCUGCUUUUGGAGGUGGAUCAGAUCUAUCACCUGGCUUGCCCUGCUUCUCCUGUUCAUUACAAGUUCAACCCUGUCAAGACCAUCAAGACCAACGUGGUGGGUACCCUCAAUAUGCUUGGGCUCGCUAAGAGGGUGGGUGCCCGCUUCCUUCUUACUAGCACCAGUGAGGUCUACGGUGAUCCUCUGCAACAUCCUCAGGUCGAGACUUACUGGGGAAACGUCAAUCCCAUUGGUGUAAGGAGCUGUUACGAUGAGGGGAAAAGAACGGCAGAGACAUUGACGAUGGAUUACCACAGAGGAGCAGGGGUUGAGGUCAGGAUUGCUCGUAUCUUCAACACCUAUGGUCCCCGUAUGUGCAUAGACGAUGGUCGUGUCGUCAGUAAUUUUGUUGCUCAGGCACUGAGGAAGGAGCCAAUGACGGUGUACGGCGACGGGAAGCAAACCAGGAGUUUCCAAUACGUGUCAGAUCUGGUGGAGGGGUUGAUGAGGCUGAUGGAAGGAGAACAUGUGGGUCCAUUCAAUCUAGGGAACCCAGGGGAGUUCACAAUGCUGGAGUUGGCACAGGUAGUGCAGGAGACCAUAGACCCAAAUGCAAAGAUAGAGUUCAGGCCCAACACGGAGGAUGACCCACACAAGAGGAAGCCAGACAUCUCCAAAGCCAAGGAGCUCCUGGGGUGGGAACCUGCUGUCGCUCUCCGCAAGGGUCUCCCACUCAUGGUCUCCGACUUCCGUCAGCGCAUCUUCGGCGACCACAAAGAAGGCACUGCCACCGACGUGUCCGCUUGAUCAUCUUCUUCUUCUUCUUUACUCUUUUAUCACCAUGAGCAUCAUCGACACCUAUUGCUCAUUCCUUUUUAAACUAGACUAGAAGCAAUGGUAGCAGCAGCAACAACAGCCUCGGCCUUUUACUUGAAUCUUCUAUUUCUACCUUGUCCUAGUUUUCUAGGGUUUUUCUUUAUUACAGUUAAUUACCUUUGUCUUUGUUAUUCUGUAAUUUUUUUUUUAAAUAUUUUCAUCAUAGGUGGCAUACUUUCAAGUGCCAAUUGGCUCAAUAUAUUUUGGUGUUUGGUUGCGA